AUGCUUCUUCACCAUCAAGCGGUUAUGCUUCAUCUGGUGGAGGCGGCGGUGGAGGGUAUGCUUCUCCACCAUCAAGCGGCUAUGCUUCAUCUGGUGGAGGCGGCGGUGGAGGAGGUUGCGGCAAAAGUGGUACAUGUGGCGGCAGCAGUGGAUGUGGAGGUGGUGGUGGUGGUUGCAGCGGAGGUGGAGGAGGUUGCAGCAGUGGAGGUUGUGGAGGAUCAGGUGGUGGCGGUGGAGGCGGAGGUGGCGGAUAUGCAUCACCUCCUAGUGGUGGAGGAUAUGCUUCAUCAGGUGGUGGUGGAGGCGGAGGUGGCGGAUAUGCCUCGAAAGGUGGAUGUAGCGGUGGAGGGUGUGGUACGCAAUCUGGAGGAUAUUCGAGUGGAAAAACAAGUGGAAGUUACAGUAGUAGUAGUGGUGGCGGCUAUUCUAGUGGUGGAAGCGGCGGCGGUUAUUCUAGUGGUGGAGGCGGCGGUGGUGGUGGCAGUUAUUCUAGUGGUGGAGGCGGCGGCGGUUACUCAAGCAGUGGAAAAGGAAGUGGCGGAGGAUAUUCUAGCGGUGUCGGAGGCAGUUAUUCAAGCAGUGCAAAAGGGAGCAGCAGCGGAAGCUACCAGAGUGGAGGGACUGGUGUCGAAGGACAUAGUGGUGGUAGCUAUCAAGGAGGAGGCAGCGAGAGUUACCAAGCACAACAAGCACCAGCUGCGCCGGUAGCAGCCCCUGCAGCUCAACCUGCAUAUACUGAAACUGCAGCAGCACCAGCAGCUCAGUCAUAUCAGUCGGAGGCAGUUGCUGCCGCUCCGGCUGCAGCACCUUCUCCACAACAGUCUUACAACACCGGUGGUUCAAGGAAAAUGCUCAAGCAUGCAAAAGCAGCAAAAAUUGCGGCAAUUAAAUCAAAA